UCCGGGUCGCACUUCUAAGGAUCCCCACACAGUUUCUUUUUCAUUUUCUUUCUCUCCAUUGCAUUUUCCCGGAAAAUUCUUUCUCUCAUUCGUUUCCUUUAAUUCCCAAAAGAAUUCAUUCUUUCAUUUCGCUAUUCAAAACCCACUGUAGCUCUGCAAAACAAUGGCUUUACCACACUCAAAACUUGAGCUUCGACCGCUCGGCAACACGGGUCUCAAGCUAAGCUCAGUGGGCUUUGGUGCCUCUCCCCUCGGCAAUGUCUUUGGGGCCGUGUCUGAAGAAGAAGCUAAUGCCUCUGUUCGCCAAGCUUUUCAUCUGGGCAUCAACUUCUUCGACACCUCCCCGUAUUAUGGAGGAACUUUGUCAGAGAAGGUUCUUGGUAAGGCACUGAAAGCACUAGGUGUUCCAAGAAAUGAGUAUGUUGUGUCAACAAAGUGUGGACGUUAUGUUGAGGGUUUUGAUUUCAGUGCUGAUAGAGUGACUAGGAGUAUUGAUGAGAGCUUGGCAAGGUUACAGCUAGAUUACGUGGAUAUACUGCAAUGUCAUGACAUUGAAUUUGGCAAUCUAGAUCAGAUUGUCAAUGAGACUCUCCCUGCUCUUCAAAAGUUGAAGGACGCUGGGAAGAUACGUUUCAUUGGUAUUACUGGGCUUCCAUUGGGAAUUUUUACAUAUGUUCUUGAUCGGGUGCCACCUGGGACAGUGGAUGUAAUUCUCUCAUAUUGCCACUACAGUAUUAAUGAUUCAACGUUGGAGGAUCUACUACCUUACCUAAAGAGCAAAGGUGUAGGUGUAAUCAGUGCUUCUCCACUUGCAAUGGGGCUUCUUACCGAGAGCGGUCCUCCAGCAUGGCACCCAGCUUCACCUGAACUCAAGUCCGCAUGCCAAGCUGCUGCUGCCUACUGUAAAGCGAAGGGGAAGAAUAUCUCAAAGUUAGCCAUGCAAUACAGCUUGUCAAAUAAGGAUAUUUCAUCAGUGCUGGUUGGCAUGAAUUCUGUUAGACAGGUGGAGGAGAAUGUUGCUGCUGCAUUGGAACUUGAAAAUGCUGGGAAGGAUAAUGAAGCUCUAGCUGAGGUUGAAGCUAUUUUAAAACCGGUGAAGAAUCAGACAUGGCCUAGUGGAAACCAAUAGAGUUGACAUCUUUGCUUGCUGCUGUGUGUAUCCAUUUUCCUCUUGUAACAUUUCACUUGAUGUUUAUUAGUUGCAUGCAAUUGGGCCAUUGGCAAUAAAAUAAUUCCAAAGGGAGGCCUAUUCUAUCAUGAAUUCAGAAGGUUAACAUGGUGCUAAUGCCUGCCUUCCUAAGCAUGGUUUAGAUAGCCUCGUGAGGGUCCUCUGUUUUCGAUAAGCUGGGGGUUUUUGUGGCUUUUUGAGACCUCUAAGUUCAAAAACUCGAAUUGGCAAUUUAGUUCCAAAGCAUUGUAUAUUGUCUGAACCAAUUUAUUAUAUGUAUAUCAUUGUGCUUUGGUGAAUAAAGUUGCCAUGGUGAGUUAUAUAA